AUAUACACCCGCAUAACUGUAUCUAUCUGUAUGUAUAUAAAAUAUAUAUAUAACUGUAUGUAUAUAUACAGACCAUUUGACAUUGAGUACCAAAUGUCUGUUAACUCUUUCUUCUCCCGUCGAGUAUAUUAAAUACUCCGGGUUCAGCUUUGGAUUCCCAUUCGAAAAUCGAAGCUCCAUUUUUUUCUGCAAUGGCGAGGAAAAUGAGAUUCUCCUCUCUCUCCUUGUUUGCGGUUUUAUUUGCGGCGGCGGCGGUGGCGGCGGUGGUGAAUUCGGAGCGGUCUGAUACGAGGUUUCUGCUCACCGAUAAUUCCACUGGAGGACAAAAACAUUCCGAAGAGUACUGUGCUAUGUACAACAUUUGCGGAGCGCGCAGCGAUGGGAAAGUACUAAAUUGCCCUCUUGGUUCUCCCUCGGUCACGCCCGACGAGUUGCUAUCGGAGAAGAUUCAGAGUUUGUGCCCAACAAUUACCGGAAACGUAUGUUGUACCGAGGCGCAGUUCAAUACAUUACGAACUCAAGUCCAGCAAGCAAUUCCGUUUCUUGUGGGUUGUCCGGCAUGCUUGAGAAAUUUCUUGAAUCUAUUCUGCGAGCUUACGUGUUCGCCUAACCAGAGUCAAUUUAUUAACGUGACUUCGAUUUCGAAGGCUAAGGGAAAUUUGACAGUUGACGGAAUAGAUUUUUAUAUAACCGACGCUUUUGGGGAGGGAAUGUUCGAAUCGUGCAAAGAAGUGAAAUUUGGUACUAUGAAUACUCGAGCCAUAGAAUUCAUCGGUGCCGGUGCUAAAAAUUUCAGAGAGUGGUAUGCGUUUAUCGGAAGACGGGCCGGGCUUGGUGUACCGGGAUCACCGUAUUCGAUCAAUUUCUUGUCGGGUGUUCCGGAAUCUUCCGGAAUGAAACCUAUGAACGUGUCCACGUAUUCGUGCGGUGACACUUCCUUGGGAUGCUCGUGUGGCGAUUGUCCGAAUUCGGCGGUUUGUUCUAAUUCUGCUUCUCCUGCGCCUCCGAAGAAAAGUUCAUGUUCAGUCAGAAUAGGGUCUAUAAAGGCGAAAUGCGUUGAAGUGGCCGUGGCGAUACUGUACGUUGUACUCGUCUCUGUAUUUCUCGGGUGGGGUUUCUUCUACAAGAAGAGGAAAACGAGCCCUGUAUCUAGAACAAAACCGUUAGUUAAUGUACCCAAUGGUGGCAUCAUUCGGCGUGUUAACAGUCGAAAAGACGAAAAUAUCCCUAUGCAGAUGCUCGAGGAUGUUCCGCAAAUUACGAACGGAGUACAGCUUUCGAUUGUGCAAGGAUAUAUGUCGAAGUUCUACAGGAGAUACGGAACAUGGGUAGCUAGAAAUCCCGUUCUCGUACUGUGCUCGUCAGUUGGUAUCGUACUUGUGCUUUGCUUAGGUCUCGUACGUUUUCAAGUCGAGACGAGGCCCGAGAAGUUAUGGGUGGGGCCCGGAAGCAGAGCUGCCAAAGAGAAGCAAUUCUUCGACACUCAUCUCUCACCCUUUUACAGAAUCGAACAGCUCAUAAUAGCAACAAUUCCGGAUACGCAUGGGAAAGCACCGAGCAUCGUGACGGAUAGUAGUAUCAGUUUAUUAUUUGAUAUACAAAAAAAGGUCGAUGCCAUCAGAGCUAAUUAUUCUGGUUCGAUGGUAUCUCUUACUGACAUUUGCUUGAAGCCACUUGGCAAUGAUUGUGCCACUCAAAGUAUUCUUCAGUAUUUCAAGAUGGAUCCUCAAAACUAUGACAGCUUCGGUGGUCUGGAUCACGUCGAAUACUGUUUUCAGCAUUAUACGUCAGCAGAAACAUGCAGCAGUGCAUUUAAAGCCCCACUCGAACCAAGCACUGCUCUUGGUGGUUUCUCCGGGAAUAACUAUUUGGAGGCGUCUGCAUUCAUUGUGACUUAUCCCGUGAACAACGAAAUCGACAAAGAAGGGAACGGUACGAAAAGGGCAGUGGCAUGGGAGAAAGCCUUCAUUCAGCUGGCAAAGGACGAGCUCUUACCGUUGGUCCAGUCUAGAAAUUUAACACUUUCAUUUUCGUCGGAAAGCUCUGUCGAGGAAGAAUUAAAAAGAGAAAGUACUGCCGAUGCUAUCACUAUUUUGAUAAGCUAUCUUGUAAUGUUUGCUUACAUAUCAUUGACUCUUGGAGACACGUCUCGUUUGUCCACAUGCUAUAUCUCCUCUAAGGUAUUGCUUGGCCUAUCGGGAGUUAUGCUCGUUAUGCUUUCCGUACUUGCGUCUGUCGGAUUUUUCAGUGCAGUUGGAAUGAAAUCAACACUAAUAAUAAUGGAAGUCAUCCCUUUUCUCGUUUUGGCCGUUGGGGUGGACAACAUGUGCAUACUUGUUCAUGCAGUAAAGAGACAACAAGUGGAACUGCCGAUCGAGGGAAGAAUUAGUAACGCACUUGUAGAAGUGGGGCCCUCUAUUACACUAGCUAGUCUAUCCGAGGUUUUGGCAUUCGCAGUCGGAAGCUUCAUUCCUAUGCCAGCCUGUCGCGUCUUCUCCAUGUUUGCCGCACUAGCGGUCCUCUUGGAUUUUCUUCUUCAAGUUACGGCAUUUGUCGCCUUGAUCGUCUUUGACUUUUUGAGAGCCGAGGGUAAUCGAGUUGACUGUUUCCCUUGCGUCAAAGUAUCUGGUUCGAAUGGAGAGUCGGAGCAAGGCAGUCAUCAACAGAAACCCGGACUUCUAGCUCGAUAUAUGAAGGAAAUUCACGCUCCGAUUCUGAACAUUUGGGGUGUAAAACUGCUCGUUAUCUGUGCAUUCGGUGCAUUUACAUUGGCAAGCAUUGCACUGUGUUCAAGAAUCGAACCUGGUUUAGAACAGCAAAUCGUUCUUCCUCGAGACUCGUAUCUUCAGGGGUACUUUAAUAAUAUCUCGGAAUAUCUUAAAAUCGGUCCGCCGCUCUAUUUUGUGGUUCAAAACUACAAUUUCAGCUCCGAAUCAAGACAAACAAAUCAGCUCUGUUCGAUCAGCCGGUGUGACUCUAAUUCUCUUUUAAACGAGAUUGCAAGAGCAUCUUUAGUACCGGAAUCGAGUUAUAUAGCUAAACCGGCAGCUUCAUGGCUCGACGAUUUUCUAGUUUGGCUAUCUCCUGAAGCGUUUGGUUGUUGUCGGAAAUUCGCGAAUGGGGGCUAUUGCCCGCCCGAUGAUCAGCCGCCUUGUUGUUCAUCUACUGGUGGUUCGUGUGGACUCAGCUCAGUGUGCCAAGACUGUACAACGUGUUUUCGACACUCGGAUUUACAAAACGACCGGCCAUCAACAGCACAAUUCAAGGAAAAGCUGCCGUGGUUCCUCAGUGCUUUACCCUCUGCUGACUGUGCAAAAGCUGGAAACGGGACGUAUACCGGCAAUGUUGAGCUCAAAGGCUUUGAGGACGGAAUUAUUCAUGCAUCAGCAUUUCGGACAUAUCACACACCCCUUAAUAAACAGGCUGACUAUGUCAACUCAAUGAGAGCUGCGCGUGAGUUCAGUUCUAGGAUGUCUGAAUCUUUACAGAUUGAAAUAUUUCCGCACGCUGUAUAUUAUACGUUCUUCGAGCAGUACCUUAACAUAUGGAAGACAGCUAUGAUCAACCUUGCUAUUGCUAUUGGCGCGGUAUUCGUUGUUUGCUUAGUUAUCACAUGCAGUUUCUGGACUUCGGCGAUAAUUCUACUUGUUUUGACAAUGAUUGUCGUGGAUCUUUUGGGGAUAAUGGCUUUAUUAAAUAUCCAGCUGAACGCGCUCUCGGUUGUGAACCUUGUUAUGUCAGUGGGUAUUGCGGUUGAGUUCUGUGUCCAUAUUACGCAUGCUUUCUUGGUGACUAGCGGAGAUAGGAAUCAACGGAUGAAGGAAGCUUUGACAACAAUGGGGGCUUCUGUAUUUAGUGGAAUCACCCUCACGAAGCUAGUUGGAGUGCUCGUUCUUUGCUUUUCGAGGACAGAAGUUUUUGUGGUUUACUAUUUCAAAAUGUAUCUUGCAUUGGUGCUUCUCGGUUUCUUGCACGGGCUAGUCUUUUUACCUGUACUAUUGAGCAUGUUUGGUCCACCAUCGAGGUGUGUGCUCAUAGAGAAGCAAGAAGAUCGACCAUCGACGUCAUCACAAUUUUAAUUUAAUUGUGAUGCAUCGGAAAAAUUAUUUAUUUAAUUAAUUUUUUUUCCUUUUUUUUAUUUAUUUUGGGUAGGUAACACAGUUUUCUUCUCCUUUUGGUGGGAAAUUAUUUUAUUAGGUAGUUAGUUAUUGCAUGUACAAAUAGUAGGAUGAGAGAACUAAGUGGUCCAAUUGUAAAGUUUAUUUAUAUUGUUCCCUUUUUGUAGUGUAAGAGAUGAAACAAAAUAUUUGUGUACUUGUAAUUUUAAUUUAAUAUCACUUCAUUUAAGGAGAAAUCCUGUUUUUUGUUAAUUGAGUGUUUGA